AUGAAAGGGGUAGAAUUUACCCAACCUUCAGGAAGUAGUAUUUCAACUGCUUCGACGAGCUCUUUGAUAGCUCAGCAACCUAUACAGACGAAUAGUAAUACUAACGUAGGGCUUGAGGCCUCUAUGCAUACUCAAACUAACGAAAGUCACCCUGGUCAGAAUACAACUUCUAAAGAAGCAAAGAAAGACGAUGGUUGGACUAUUAUUAAAAAGACUCAACGUUUUAGUAUCUUUAUCCCUCAAGAUAGUCUUCUAGGCGAUAAUAUUAUUGCUAAGAAAAAUUUUGUCUAUAGGAAAAUUUUGGAUGUACUUGGGCUAAUUUCAUUGGCACCAACUUCCAUUAAAGGUAUUAAGGUGAUUCGAGCAACAUACGAAACGGAAGCACAAGCGGCUGAAGUUUGUGCCAAGAAAAUUGCAGAUGAUAAUGAUAUAAGAUUUGCUAAAUUGGAAGUAAUCAACAAUCAGAAACAUGAUAAUCUUAAUGAUUAUGAAAUUAAAAUCUGGGAUGUUCCACUAGAUGUGGACAAGCAGAUGUUAGAAGUAUACUUGAAAAGUUUUGGACCCUCAAAUUUAAUGUUGAAAUUAGCUAAUUUACCUGUAGGUACAUAUGCUGCAGAUUUGAAAGAUAUUAUUAUACAAAUGAAGGCGAAAUCAUGUUUCGUACCUAAGAAUAGGUUUUCAAAAAAUUAUGAGAAAGAAAGGUUUGCAUUUGUCUUUUUUGAUAAUGAGAACGACUUUAAUAAUGCACUGGAAAAAAAAUUCUCUUUCAACAAUCGAGGUUUAGUUUUUGUUAAUUAUAAUGCAGUCACGUGCCACGUAUGUGGUUCUCCUUAUCAUCGAGUUAGAACAUGUCCAGAAAAUCAAAGGAAAAGAAACUUGACAUCAACACACGAAGUGUAUCAACAGAUUUAUAGUAGAUACGGAGUAAAAGCACCCAGACCAAGUAUGGGAUUUAGACCAUUAUUCCCUAGAAAUUCACAAUAUCAGUCUGAUGAGUCAGAAGAUAUGCACAAUUGGGAUGAGCAAGUAGAACAAGAAAUGCCAUUACAAGGUCCAUCAAGUUAUGCUGAGGCUGCAAAGAAAAUUAAGACAGUACCUAAUGUACGAGCAAAUGUUUUAACAUCAAGUCAAGGUACAUCUCAAUCUUACAAAGGAAAAGGAAAACAACAAGAGACACGAGAACCAGUAAGAAAACCUUGGAAUCAACAGAAUAUUAAUCCUACGCCAGUUAAUAAUGAGGGUAAUAGGCUGGAUAGAUUGGAACGACAGAUGGAAAAAUUCAUGAAUAUGAUACAGAGAUUGAAUGAGAGGGUUUCAAAUCUAGAAAUUAAUCAUAUUAAUCAAGCUGAGAUGUUGAGUAAUAGACAAAUAGAUCUAAGGUUUGCUAAAGAUGAUAAUACGUUCAUGAAUAAUAAUAAUAAGAGGGUAAAAAAAUUUCAACAAACACGUGAUGUAUAUAUUGAAAAGAAUGUUUUGCCAAAUGCACAAACUCGUACAUUAUCUCUUAUGGAAGAAGAUAACGAAGUAAAUAAAACAGUUGAGACAGAAAAGUUUAUAUAUGAACCAUCUACCAUGUUGGGUAUAUCACCUUCGUCCCCAAGUAGUCAAGAAGGAAAUACACAAAGAUUAGACAAUUUUGAAGCCAAAAUGGAUAAGGCGUUUAGUAUGUUAACAAAUAUGACAGGAAAAUUUGACCUUUAUAUGAAUAAUCAAACACCAUAUAUCAAUGAAGAUAGGGCUAGGUAA